CAAGGCAAAAGGCUGCCAACGCCGGCUGCCGGGGCGGAACGACCUGGGCGUGUUUCCGGGACAGCUCCAUAGGCUUCGUCCGGUCCUGGUGACCUCGCCGCCGCUAGGCCCUCAAGAAGAGCAGACGGAGGGCUGUGAGGCGCCCCUCUCCGCCGCCGCCAUGCUGAGCAUCUUCCGCUCCAUUCCCACGCACAUGGACUACAAGGGCCAAAAAUUAGCAGAACAGAUUUUUCAAGGGAUCAUUCUUGUCUCUGCAAUUAUUGGUUUUAUCUUUGGCUACAUCACCGAACAGUUUGCAUGGACUGUCUACAUAGUUAUGGCUGGAUUUGCUUUAUCUUGCUUGCUAACACUCCCUCCCUGGCCCAUGUACCGCCGCAACCCUCUGAAGUGGCUCCCUGUCCAGGAUUCUGGAACAGAAGAGAAGAAGCCAGCUGACAGAAAGCCAAAGAGACAUAGCAAAAGCUAAAAAGUUGUUACUUUGUUCAAUUCUAUUAAAUGCAGCAUUUCCACUGAGCGAUACUUCUUGGCUUAGUG